AAAGCCAUCAGCUUCACGACGAUAACUUUUUCAAUUCCAUCUCCAAUUCAAUCUUGUGACGAGCAUAUCUACGCUUGCGCUUGGUGGCUUAUCGAAAGAGAAUCCAUGGCUACUUUCAGUGUCCUCUGUAGUAAUCGGUUUCAUUUCAAAGGAGGUUAUCCUCCGGAGAAAUCUAGUAGAACAGUGUCUUCGAGUAGUAGUGAGCUUAAUGUUUGUGUCGCUAGAACGAAGAAUCAGCAGUCGUUUAGUUGCAGGAGACUUGGUGGGUUUCUGGAAAUUGGGGAAUCUAGAUCAGGGUUUAGAGUUCAUGGCGAUUAUCGACUUGGGUUUUCUUGUAAUAGCGAGAUUAAGAGGCUUGUGAAUGGUGAUUACGGAGACAAGGAGACUCGUAUUGGCGAAAAUGGUAGAAACAAAGAGAAGAAAGGAAGAAGAUUUUCUCUUAGGCUUCGGCCUAGGUUACGAUUGCUGAGCAUGAGACUUGGGAGAUUCGAUUUCAGAGCAUCCGUGGAAGAUUUUCGGUUAUUUCUGAGGAAGAAUAUCAAAAGAGUGAUCUUAUCUACUGGUGUGGCUGUUAUCUUCGGACUCUGUUACCUGUUCUUGAGGCUAACCGCUGUCCCGUCCCCAUCCAUCGUUCCUUACUCAGAUUUCGUAACGAAUCUUCGAGGUGGUUCUGUUUCAAAGGUUUUGCUCGAAGAAGGCUCUCGUCGAAUCUAUUACAACACUAACCAGAAUGUUGAGACUGUUGAGGAUGUUCACAAGUCUGAAACUUUAGAGGAACCCGCGAUCCAAGUUGACGGCAGCGCAGUGGAAACAGCGAGUGAAGCUGUUACGAAAGACGUUGUUGCUCCGGGAAAGGUUCGAGCUUUGGCUCCUGUGUGGAAGUAUGCGACUAGAAAAGUAGAUCAUGAUGAGAAGUUUCUUCUUAGUUUGAUGAGGGAGAAAGGGAUCACUUAUAGCUCAGCUCCUCAAUCUGCAUUGGUGUCGAUAAGAAGUACUUUGAUAACAAUCAUUUCUCUGUGGAUUCCUUUAACUCCUCUUAUGUGGCUUCUCUACCGGCAACUCUCGGCAUCUAACAGCCCUGCGAAAAAGCGACGGACUAAAAAUCCCGCAGUUGGAUUCGAUGAUGUUGAGGGCGUGGAUUCUGCUAAAGACGAGCUCGUCGAGAUAGUGUCGUGUCUUCAAGGAAGUAUAAACUACAAAAAACUCGGAGCAAGAUUGCCUAGAGGCGUGCUUUUGGUUGGUCCACCGGGGACCGGCAAAACCUUGCUGGCUCGGGCUGUAGCUGGAGAGGCGGGAGUUCCGUUUUUCUCUGUCUCCGCUAGUGAGUUUGUUGAGUUGUUUGUUGGAAGAGGUGCAGCCCGAAUCAGAGAUCUUUUCAGUGCAGCCAGGAAAAACUCACCUUCCAUUAUAUUCAUCGAUGAGCUCGAUGCGGUUGGAGGAAAACGCGGCAGAAGUUUCAACGAUGAACGUGACCAGACCCUAAACCAGUUGCUUACUGAGAUGGAUGGAUUCGAGUCAGAAACAAAAGUCAUUGUGAUUGCAGCAACUAACCGACCAGAAGCUUUAGACCCGGCUCUUUGUCGGCCUGGAAGGUUCUCAAGAAAAGUUGUGGUUGCAGAACCAGACCAAGAAGGCCGUCGGAAAAUCCUGGCCGUACAUCUGAGAGACGUCCCUCUAGAAGAAGAAGCAUUUCUCAUAUGUGAUCUGGUUGCUUCUCUAACUCCCGGAUUCGUAGGUGCUGAUCUCGCCAAUAUUGUCAAUGAAGCUGCAUUGCUCGCCGCUCGUAGAGGCGGGGAAGCAGUAGCACGAGAAGAUAUAAUGGAAGCGAUAGAGAGGGCGAAAUUUGGGAUCAAUGAUAAGGAAGUGAGGCGAAGGACUUUGGGAAAUGGGCUCAGCAAGCUCUUCCCAUGGAUGCCAUCUUUGGUUGGGAGGAACGGACCAGAUCAAGACGGUUUACAAGGACCCUUAGCUCCAAUCUUUUAUCUUCUUUUUGGUUACCCUCUCUACUAUUCAUCAAUAUACAAACUUUUAUCGAAUUCAUCUUCGGAAAAAUAUUCUCCAUCGCUUUCUUCUACGUAUAACGUCCAUUCAUCUAGUUCAUCACCGCUACUAUCCUCAUCAUCAUCGGAUCAUGAUAAGAAGACAUUAUCAUCACAACCAUCAUUGUAUGAUAACGAUUAUGAGGACACAUAUCAUGGUGAUCUCAAGCAAUCAUCUUUGCAUGACAAUCAUUCCACCUCAUCAUCGAAUGCUGGUCACCAAGAAAUCCCUAAAAAGGAGCAUCGCCGGAAAAAGAGAAAACCGAAGAAAUGCGAUCUAUUCUCCGGUGAGUGGGUCCCAAACCCUGAGGCCCCGUACUACACAAAUACGACAUGUAAGGCUAUACACGAACACCAAAACUGCAUGAAGUAUGGGAGACCUGAUUUGGGUUUCAUGAAAUGGAGAUGGAAACCGAAAGAGUGUGAUCUCCCUCUGUUUGAUCCUUACAAGUUUCUCAAGAUGGUUAGGGGAAAAAGCAUGGCGUUUGUUGGUGACUCCGUUAGCAGAAACCACGUACAGUCUUUGAUCUGCCUACUCUCUCGGGUGGAACAUCCCAAGGAUGACUCAAGACAGCAAGACUUUAACUUCCAAAGAUGGAAAUACAAAACGUACAACUUCACAAUUGCCACAUUUUGGACAACCCAUUUGGUUCGGUCCGAGGAAGCCGGUCCAGACGGUCCAAACUCAUUCUACAAUCUCUACCUUGACGAACCGGACCCCUCUUGGGCUUCACAGAUCGCCGAGUUUGAUUACAUCAUUAUCUCCUCCGGGCAAUGGUUUUUCCGACCACUCUUCCUUUUUGACAAACAAAAAAUGAUAGGAUGCUUGUAUUGUUACAUCCCCGGGGUCAGAAAUGUUGGGGCACAUUUUGCGUACAGAAGAGCAUUACGAACAACAUUCAAGACAGUUCUCGGAUUAGAGAAUUUUAAAGGACAAGUGUUUCUAAGGACAUUUGCACCUUCACAUUUUGAGGAUGGAGAAUGGGAUAAAGGUGGUAAUUGCCUGAAAACGCGACCCUAUAGGAGCAACGAGACAGAGUUGGAAGGCAUGAAUCUAGAAACGCACAACAUUCAACUCGAUGAAUUUCGCAUUGCCAAAAGAGACAAAAACAAUAAUAAUAACGGAUUAAAUUUGAGAUUACUAGAUGUAACACAAGUAAUGUUGUUAAGACCAGAUGGGCAUCCGAGCAGAUUUGGACAUAAACCGGAAGAUAAUGUUAUUUUAUACAAUGAUUGUGUACAUUGGUGUUUACCAGGUCCGAUCGAUUCAUGGAAUGACUUUUUACUCGAGAUGUUGAAAAUAUAUAUUUAGUGAGUUUUUUUUUUAGACCAUUAUUAUGACACGUAGUAGUAUUUUGAUAAUCAUCUUUUAAUAAAUUCAGAUCUUAACGGA